AUGGCACAAUCCAAGGCCAACGUGCUCAUAAUCGGCUCAGGAGGUGUCGGAACUAUGGCAGCCUAUGCCCUGGAAAUUGGUGGCAGGGCAGAGGUGACGGCUGUGCUUCGAUCCAACUUUGAGGCUGUGGUGCAGAAAGGAUUCGACAUCGAUUCCCUCGAACAUGGCCAUGACAUCAAGGGUUGGCGACCAACACAUAUCAGGCGAACCAUCCCAAACGUGGCUGAGGAAGAGCUUCCUGCAUUCGACUACAUCGUGGUGACCACCAAGAAUAUCCCGGAAGUCCCCCCUUCCGUGGAGGAUCUGAUUGCUCCAGCAGUAACACCAGGGAAAACAGCCAUUGUGCUCUCUCAAAACGGAUUGAACAUUGAGAGACCUAUUAUUAGUCGCUUUUCUACAAGCCCCAUCAUCAGCAGUAUCUCUCUUAUCAAUGUGGCAGAGACAUCCCAUGGGACGAUUCUUCACGACGAUAAUGACGUCCAAUUCAUCGGGCCAUUCAUCAGCCCAGUCAAACCUGAAAUCGUCGAAAGGGCUGCAAAGGAAUACAUAUCGCUCUAUAAUGCAUGCGGGAUUCUGAGGAUUGAAUAUGAGCACGACGUCCAGUUCACUCGUUGGCAAAAGCUUGUCUACAACUCAAGCUACAACACAGUUUCCGCAGCUCUCCAGAUGGAUACGAUACGAAUGCGCAAGAGUAUGCAUGUGAUCGACGAACUAGUGCGACCGAUUAUGCUUGAAAUUGUGGCUGCUGCAAAGGCCGCAGGGUACGAGCUCCCCCAUGAUAUAGUGCAGAAGAAGAUUCUCAACGACCCAAUUGACGUUGAAGUCCGACCAAGCAUGAUGCAAGACGUCAGCAAGGGUAACUUUAUUGAGAUUGAGAACAUUGUUCAUCAACCGCUCUUGGAGGGAACCUCUCGCGGUGUGCCUAUGCCCACCUUGCAGACGGUUUAUUACAUUCUCAAGGGUUUCCAAAGAAAGACGAUGGAGAAGAGAGGUCUUUGGGAACCUGCCUUCACCCCAGAUAAUCCGUAUAGAUAG